CGGGGUGCGCCGUCACCGCGCUUUCUGCAUCGGGUUACGCCAUUCAUCCAGGGUCAUUCGGUUCACCGGGGUAACACAGCAGCAGUAGACGAAGAUGAUGGCCACAUCACGGGCGCGCGUGCCUCCGUUCUCCUCAUGACCAACCGACGGACUGCGGCAGCAGCUGUGUGCGGGUUUGGGUUUGUCUCUUACCGGGCUGGCGUGGAACCGAUCCCACCGUCUGGCGGAGCGUCUACCAGUGUGUGUGUGGGAGAGGGGGAGAAGCGGAAGAGAAUGAUUUGUGUGUGUGUGUGUGUGUGUGUUUUGUUGUUUUCUUCAAGGCUGCGUCACCACUGAAGGCCCUGAGAGAGAGAAAGAGUGAAAGUGAAGAGACAUUACAUCACAACGUGGCAAAGGAAGUGCAAGAGAGAGAGAGAGAGAGUGUGAGAAAAGGAGACCGGAGUGAGACGGACGUAAGGAAGAGCAAGAGAAGAGGACACAACAUCGAGCAGGAAGUAGAGCACUGGGCUCACCCCCUGACCCUUGAACUUUGACCUCAACGCAAACAUGAAUGACCAGAACGUGGUGAAAGAGGGCUGGGUGCAGAAGAGAGGUGAAUACAUUAAGAACUGGAGACCGCGGUACUUCCUGUUGAAGACUGAUGGAUCGUUUAUUGGAUAUAAAGAGAAGCCACAGGAUGCUGAUCUGGCAUAUCCACUCAACAACUUCUCUGUGGCCAAGUGUCAACUGAUGAAGACGGAGAGACCUAAGCCCAACACCUUUAUCAUCAGGUGUCUGCAGUGGACCACUGUGAUUGAACGCACCUUCCACGUGGACACGCCCGAGGAGAGGGAUGAGUGGGUGGAGGCCAUUCAGAUGGUGGCGGACAAGCUCGCCAAACAGGAAGAGGAAGGAAUUCUGAGUAGCCCCAUAUCCCAGAUCGAAAACGUCAAUGAGGAAGAGAUGGACACAUCAACCAGUCAACACAAACGAAAGACAAUGAAUGAUUUUGACUAUCUGAAGUUACUGGGGAAAGGCACGUUUGGGAAGGUGAUUCUGGUGAGAGAGAAAGCGAGCGGCACAUAUUAUGCGAUGAAGAUCCUGAAAAAGGAGGUUAUUAUUGCUAAGGAUGAAGUGGCUCAUACACUUACAGAGAGCAGAGUUUUGAAAAACACUAGGCAUCCAUUUUUAACAUCGCUGAAGUACUCGUUUCAGACGAAGGAUCGUUUGUGUUUUGUUAUGGAGUAUGUGAAUGGAGGAGAGUUAUUUUUUCAUUUGUCGAGAGAACGUGUAUUUUCGGAGGAUAGAACGCGUUUCUAUGGCGCUGAGAUCGUCUCUGCAUUGGAUUACUUGCACUCCGCCAAGAUCGUUUACCGUGACUUGAAGCUGGAAAACCUGAUGUUGGAUAAAGACGGUCACAUAAAGAUCACUGAUUUCGGCCUGUGUAAGGAGGGGAUCACAGACGCAGCCACCAUGAAAACAUUCUGUGGGACUCCGGAGUAUCUGGCCCCCGAGGUAUUGGAGGACAAUGAUUACGGAAGAGCGGUGGACUGGUGGGGUCUGGGGGUCGUUAUGUACGAGAUGAUGUGUGGACGCCUCCCCUUUUAUAAUCAGGACCAUGAGAAGCUUUUUGAACUGAUUCUGAUGGAGGAGAUUAAAUUUCCCAGAACUCUCUCUGCUGAUGCCAAGUCCUUACUGUCUGGAUUACUCAUCAAAGAUCCCAACAAGAGGCUUGGAGGGGGACCAGAUGAUGCUAAAGAAAUCAUGAGGCACAGUUUCUUCACAGCGGUGGACUGGCAGGACGUCUAUGACAAAAAGCUCGUACCGCCGUUUAUGCCACAGGUAUCGUCUGAAACUGACACCAGGUAUUUUGAUGAGGAGUUCACAGCACAGACCAUCACCAUCACUCCUCCAGAGAAAUAUGAUGAGGACGGGAUGGACUCAGCCGAUAGCGAACGGAGACCACAUUUCCCACAGUUCUCUUAUUCAGCCAGCGGGCGGGAGUGAUGUCAUUAAUCAACGCCACGAUUCAUCCGAUUCACUAUUUACGGAACCUGCGUAGCCAUGCUAGAAAGAGCCUCCCCUCUCUCAACCCCCUCCUAUUCAUAACCGAUAGACAAAGCAAGUUAUUUUUGUUGCUUUCUUUCCUUUUUUCUUUUGAUGUGGGACUUUAAAAAAAAGGGGUUUUGCACAGUUGGGUGAGACUUGAGCAAGUCGACCCACAUUUUAAAAAGUCUUGUACACUUUCAGCUUGUUUACAGAUCAUGGACAGUGUUUUUGGUAAAAUGAUCAGUAUUGUUAAUGACGACCUGAUUUUUUUAUUUUUAUUUUGCACUUGUUUAAGAGCCGUUGUUGGGAACAAACCAAAAAUGUUGCCUUAUGUGUGUGGAUCUCAUCUGUCAGACAGACAGAUGGAUGGACAGACAUGUAGUUAGGGUUAUUAGAAGCAGCACUAGUUCUGUUCCUGUGAGGCUCACAAAUUAUAUUUAGUUGAUUUUUAUGUUACACAGAUCCUCCUUUGGAUAUGUUGGGGGUUUUAAUCUUUAUCGAAGUUUUCGAUAAGAAGAAAUAUGUAAAAAAAGAAUGGGAAAGUGUAUCAGAGAACACUAGUCUUAAUAUUUUUGUUUUUUAAUCCUUACACUCUGAUAUGAAGGUUUAUGUCACAAAUACACAACUGUACAAUAAACUGCCGUUACAGUAAGCUCUCUCAGGCAAUUCAGAGCACAUGAGUGAAUCUCACGAAACCUGGCAAGAACACGUCCCCAACGUAUUUCUACCCAAGUCACAAGAUAGACAUAAGAAAUUAUAUUUUGCAUAAAGAAAAGUCUAUUUAAAGAACAAUUAAAAAUGUUGUCAUUAUUUUUAACACAAUUGAGCACUCCACAACCCCCCCCAAACCACAAUGUUCAUUACCGUAAUGUGAAAAAUUUCUGAUUCUCAUUACUGUAAUACAAAACAAAAUAGUCAUUUAAAUUUUACAGUAUUUAUGUCAUAAAUGACAGGAUUUAUUUCAACUGGUUGUAUAAAACGCAAUUUCCACCAGAUUUUCAUUACCGUAAUUUGAAAAAUUGUCAUUACGGUAAUACAAAAAUAAAAUAAUAAUUUACAUUUUUUUAAGAAUUUUUGUUAUGGUAGUAUUUGUUGUACAACAUCUUUGGGAAUUUGGACAUUUUCAUGACAAUUAAGCAUAUUUUCCCCCAAACUAUCAUUACCAUAAUGUGAAAAAUAUGUAAUUCUCAUUACUGUAAUAUGAAACAAAAUAGUCAUUUAAAUUUUACAGUAUUUAUGUCAUAAAUGACAGGAUUUAUGUCAACUGGUUGUAUAAAAUGCAAUUCCCACCAGAUUUUCAUUACCGUAAUUUGAAAAAAUGUCAUUACGGUAAUACAAAAAUAAAAUAAUCCUUUGCAUUUUUAAGAAUAUUUGUUAUGGUAGUAUUUUACAUACAACAUCUUUGGGAAUUUGGACAUUUUCAUGACAAUUAAGCAUAUUUUCUUCCAAACUCUCAUUACCGUAAUGUGAAAAAUAUCGAAUUCUCAUUACUGUAAUAUGAAACAUAAUAAUGAUUUAAAUUUUAAAGUAUUUAUGUCAUGGUAGUAUUUGUUGUACAAUAAUUUUGGCAUUCUGACAUUAUUUAUUAUUUUAUAUGAAGCACCCCCCACCCACCCACCCACACACACAUUUUCAUUACCGUAAUGUAAAAAAAACAAAUCUCAUACUGUAAUACAAAAAUAAAAUUAAUUUAUAUUUUAAAGUAUUUAUGUCAUGGUAGUAUUUGUUUUACAAGAAGUUUGGCUUUGUAAUUUCUUCGUGGUAUUUAUUGUUCUGGCUCUAAGCAAAUUUAAAUAAAAAUCCUUGUAUUACAAUAUUUUUCCACUGUAAAGUAAAAAAAAAAUAAUACAAAAAAUAGUUUUAAUGGAAAUCACCUUUGACAAUUAUGGGAAUGACAAAAAUACCUCAGGAUGCAUUACAGAAAAAAUAUGCAUAAUUGUCAUGAAAAUAAUUAAUAAUACAUUGAAACAAAAUAUUUGCAAUGGUCCUAAAAUAAGCAACUACAAAAAUGUUCUUUAUGCAAAAUAUAAUUUAUUGUAUUUUUCUAUUUUCAUUUGCUCUGGACGUAUUUUCGUGAGAUUCACCCACAAAUCUACCCACCGACGGAGUGAAACCAACUCAAACAUGAUGUCCUUUAUUCCUCACAUUUGGUUUGCUGAAGUGGACCACUUUGACUUCAUACACACUCCAAAACAGAUUAAACCAUUAAGGACAGUAUGUAAGGACUUGAUUUGGGUGGCAUUUCACAUUUACUGUAUAGAUCAACAGGUAUGUCUCUCUCACCCAGCACAGAGAAAGACAACUCAACCACUAUCCCUCACUUCAUAACACAAAGAGUUAACUUAUAAUAGUUGGAGUAAUGUCGAACUGUUCCAGAAGAUGUAAAUACUCUUAAAAAAUCUCUUUUUACCAUUAACGUUGCAUUUAUUAUGAUUUUUUGCAUCGAAAAGUUACGAAUCGUAUGGAUGUGCGUUGUCUGCGUUUAGAAUCAAUACCAAGUCAGAUCACAGACUCAUUAUAUGUGCAACUGAGCCAUGCAAUACCAGUGUGAAUGACCCUUGACCCCGAAGCCUUCCCAAGUGUGGUGUACAUAUGCAAUGCCUUCUGUUUGUGACGCGUCACAGCUCAAGACAAAGGUUGUGUGACAGUAAUCAUGUGUGAAUUGAUGGAUUAAAAAAAAACAUGAAUUGAAAAAUAUUUUCUGAAAUGACACAAAAUCAUCGGAAGACGUGUAUCUCGUGGAUGUUUCCAUAGAGACGUGUUGCUAUGGUUUCAGUCCCAUCCUGUUUGUAUCUGAUCCAGUGAACCUUUUGGAAACUGCCGGUAUUCUUCACAGCGAAUGAUAUGAGUGUACGUGUGUGUAUGUUCAAGUUUAUUUUCAAGCUGUGACGUUUGUUCUGUCUAACAGCAAAUCCUCAUUAGGUUUUCUAAUGUUUUGUUUGUUUCAGCGUAUUUUUGUACCAUAGAUGUAAUUUAGUUGUAUUUAUUUUCGUACGUUGGGAUGAAGGACGCUGUCGGACGCAUUUAUUAAGUGCUCUGUCUUUCCCUUACUAUUUUUUUUUUACCUUUCCUUUAGUCGUUUGCCUGUUUUGUUUUCAUACCAAAACAUUAGGGCAAGUGCCCGUAGUGGUCUUGCAUUGCCAUUUGGUAGUAUUUAUUUUAAAUUAUAUUAAAAUGUUCAAAUUUCUGCAUUUUUCCAAGUGGUUUUCUUUCUAGGUUCAAAUCAUGAU